AUGGCCAGUUUCUUUUACAAGAAGAAACUUUUUUUACUGAACAUGUGCUUACAUUCUUUGUAUGUAAAACUGAGAGAGGCAACCAAUUGGAUGGUCGGAGAUACAAAUUGGGUUAUUGAUAAAAUGGAUUCAGGAAAGAUUGAUAAAGAGAAAGUGAUGGAACAAGGUAAAGAAGAUGAUGAAUCUAUUGGGGAGAACAAUGAUGAAGAUGAUGAAGAUGGUGGUGGUGGUGGGUACGCUAGUGGGCAGUCAAGUGAAAUUCUACGAUCAAGAACGGCUUCAUCUGCUGAAGAGGUUCGGUUCUUGCAUCUUCUGUCUCUUGAUGUUAAGUUGUUUUUGUUGUUCAAGAAUGAAAAUGCACUAUCGGUUGGUAAAUAUGCAAGGGACAACAAUGGUGAUGAUGAUGAUGGGUAUUCAAGUUGGAUACAUGAGAUGGGAAAUAAAUUACUACCAUCAACACCAGUUUCAUCUACUGAAGAGGGAGAUUUGGUUGUUAAACUUCAGAAUGCAAGGCCUGGGGGUUUGAAACUUGUCGAGGACUCCAUUCUCCGAGUUCAAGAACAUAUUCGAGUAGAAGAUUAUAAUCCUAUUCUGAAAGAUGAAUCUAGCUUUCUUGGCUCGCAACAGGAGCUGAAUAUGCAACAGCAAUUCAAGAAACGUACUGAAGAAGAGCCUCGCAAUACUAGGCCUAAGGUUGCAAAGCUGAGGACUUCAAAAUGUCCAGCAACUUCACUUAAAAUUGGCUCAUGGGAGGUACAAUGUAGUCAACUUCACUCUUCCACAAAAAAAAAGGAACACACUAAAGCCUAUACCUCCAUUAUUUUUCUUUUUGAUGUAUAUUCAGAUAAAAUCUAA